AUGCGUAUUUUCUCCUGGGCAAGCGGGUUCCUCGUGGCCUGCAUGGAAGUCGUUAACGCUGCCGCGAGCAGACUACCCGGCAUUGUGAGAGCGGACUGGCUUUCCCGCGAAACGAGACUUCUCCUCAUCACCAAGGAGUUCGCGCAGGACGUAAAUCUUGUUGCUGCUACACGAGGCACGAAUUGCACCGAGUUCACAGGAGUCACCACCAGCGUGAAAAACAGUCUGCCCGUUUCCGCCGUGAUAGAUGGGUGGGGCAGCAAGACCGUCAAGCAUAUUUUCCUCCAUUACCUCCCGCGCGUGCAUGUACACUAUGUACUCGUCCCACUGGUCCGUUGUCAACCAGAAGUCAAGAACAAGAGUGCUGCAUAG